AUGCAGCAGCAGCAGCAGCAGCAGCAGCAGCAGCAGCUGGAAGAGCUGCCGCCGGCGCAGCAAGGCGAAGGCGCUUCUUCAAAUUCUCCAGCAGCAGCAGCUGCUGCAGCAGCAGCAGCACCAACUCCAGCUGCUGCUGCUGCCGCAAGCAGCAGCAGCAGCCACAGCGAGAGCAGCAGCAGCAGCAGCAGCAGCAGCAGCAGCAGCAGCCUGGUUGCUGCAUCUGUGCUGCAGCCGGCGGCUGCCUUCCGGCCUUCUCCUGCUUACCCGCUGCUGCCGCCCUUAAGUGCUGCUGCUUUUGCUGCUGCUGCUGCUCUUUCGGGCACUUGGGAAGCAGCAAGUGAAAGGCCUUCGCUGUUGGAGCUGCUGCUGCUGCUGCUGCAGCAGCUCAGCACUGACAGCAGCAGCGCCCUGUACAGACACCUCGUCGAAAACGGACUCAUAACUCCCCAGCAGCAGCAGCAGCAGCAGCGGGGAGGACAGCAGCAGCAGCAGCAGGAACAGCAGCAGCAGCAGCAGCAGGAACAGCAGCAGCAGCAGCAGGAACAGCAGCAGCGGCAGCAGCAGCAGCAGCAGCAGCUGCAGCAGGUGCUGGAGCAGAUGGCACUUGCUGCUGCUGCUGCUUUCGAGGUCAUUGACUUGAAGCCACCAGCAGCAGCAGCAGCAGCAACGGAAGCUGCAGCAGCAGCAGGUGCAGCAGCAGCUAGCGCAGCAGCAGCUGCUGCUGCAGUGGGAUCAAAGAAAAGCAGCCACCAGCAGCGGCAGCAGCAGCAGCAGGAAGCUGCAGCAGCAGCAGAAAGCGCAGGGGACGUUCGUUUUGGAAGGGUCCAUCCAGUCAGCAGCAGCAGCAGCAGCAGCAGCAGCAGCAGCAGCAGCAGCAGCAGCAGCAGCAGCAGCAGCAGCAGCUUGUGCAGCAGAGCAGCAGCACCUGGCUUUCCGCCUUUUCGCCCUUAUGCUGAGGUGUACAGACAGUGGCUGUUUUUCCAGCAGCAGCUCUACCCUGCAGGUUUUUCUUUGUGCAUAUACAUGGGGCGUUCGUUUGUGUUUUACUUGCUGCUGCUGCAGCUGCCGCUGCUGCUGCAGCAGCUAAGAGCAGCAGCAGCAAAUCGUUUUGCGGAAAUAGCGUUUUUGGCAGUUGCUGCUGCUGAACAAGUGAAGGGCUACGGGACGCGACUGAUGAGUCACUUGAAGGAACUCGUCAAGAAAAGCGGCAUCGAGUACUUCCUCACCUACGCAGGGCAGUGGUACAUAAAGGACUACGACGGGGGGACUUUGAUGGAGUGUCGGUUGAGUUCAAAAAUAAAUUAUUUGACUUUUUCGGAUUUGCUAAAAAGACAAAAAAGAAAUACAGAACUUUGCAUUUCCCAAGUCCACAAUCCCAAAUUCAUGCGCGGACUCAACCUCUGGAAGGUUAGCAGCAGCAGCAGCAGCAGCAGCAGCAGCAGCAGCAGCAGCAGCAGCAGCAGCAGUAGCAGCAGCAGUAGCAGCAGCAGUAGCAGCAGCAGCAGCAGCAUUAGCAGCAGCAGCAGUGCAUUUGCAGUUGCUGCAGCAGCAGUACAGUUGCAAUUGCAGCAGCAGCAGCAGCAACAACAACAACAGGAUCAGCAGCAGCAUCAGCAGCAGCAGCAGCAGCAGCAGCAGCAGCAUCAGCAGGAGCAGCAGCAGCAGCAGCAGCAGCAGCAUUAG